GUUUUCGGUAAACUAUUCUUCCUGCAUAUUGUCUUUGGUCAUAAAAUGAAACAGUUUAAUUGUCCGCUCAUAGGGCGCUAAAGCAUUGACAAGAUGUUGCGAUUUUAACACGCAUUUUUCAAUGAUCAUCGUAAUACGAGUAUGAGAAAUAAACAGUUGUUUAUAUGUACGUAUGAUAAAGAUUCCAUAUAUGCCGAGUUGUUUAUUGGAUGCAUGAGUUCUGCAUUGCUGAGCAUUUAACGAAAUCUUGCUCAUCUUAAAAAUAUAUCUAGUAUCACGGUUAUAAAACGAUUUAAAUACCUUGGAACAUUAUAUUGCGUCAAAGAGGAAAUGUUUUCGAUGAGUUAGGUAUUGUUUUCAAGAUCUCGAACUUACCUAUUUUGUACCUAGGUCCAUCAUUUCUUUCCAGAUCAUUUUUACAGUUCUUUAUUAUGUGACAAAAAGAGGAGCACUAACUUUAUUCGUAACAGGAUUUUCAAAAAAAAAAAAAAAAAACAACAACAACUCAACCCAUACAUUUUACAAGUAUUAACAAUCAACAUCAUUCAAACGAAAAACUCGUUUUGGAUUGACCCAGGCAUUUGUGAUUCUGCAAAAAAAAGGGCACCAAAUUUAUUCGUGACAUGAUUUUCAAAAAAAAAAAAAAAAAAAAAAAAAACUCAACCCAUAUAUACCUAUCUACAGGUUUUAGUAAUCAUUUUCGUAAUUUUAUCACUUAACGAAAAAUUCAGAAAAUAUUAUUUGGAUUGACCCAGGCAUUUGUAAUUCUACAAAAAAAUAUUCGACUUGGUAGAUACCUAGUUGGAAAAAAUCAUGAUAAAAAUGAAUCCUCAACCAAACAACUACGUGUUCUCGUCAGUUGCAUUAUAAUCCAACUGCAUUAUUUCUUCGAAAUAUAUUUCGCUUCGAAAAAGAGAGAAAUUUGUUAGAAAUCCACUUCAACAUGGCAACCUAUCAUUAAAAAUUUUAAAACAAAAAAAUUCUCCACUCGAGUAUCAAUCAACUGACAUUUUUUUUAUUCGGAAUAAGUUGGUAAACGCCUAUAAUCAUGCACUGUGACGUUGCAUCGCAUUGUUUAUUUUCGACAGAAAAAAUCCACAAGUGUUAAUCACACAGCUUCGAAACAAUAAAGAAUAAAGAGAAAAAUUAUAAUGCAAGAAAAAAAAGGAAAUGAACAAUAUGAGGAAAUUCGCGUUAUUUUUUUCCAAUCGUAUAAAAAUAUAGUUAAAAUUACAUCUGUAGUGAGUUAUUUUUCAGAGAAUGGAAUACUACGGUUUGUUUUUUUCGCUUUAGUUGAUAAUUGUUUUCGUUGUGAUUUUUUUACGCGAACUGUGAUUUUUUUUGGAUUUUUUUUGGUGUUGAAAUUCAAAAUGUACUUGUACUUGUCUGUGAUUGUGAUAUUGCUUUGCUUAAAUUAUGUUUAUUGUGAUAACGAAGAUACGACUGAAAAUAAUUUCGAUGAGAGACUUGACAGUAUGUUUAAAAAAAUUGAAGCAUUGCCUGAUAAGAGCAUACCCACAUCGAGCGACAGAUCAGCGCGAUUUUUAUCCUUUAAUAACGACGCCAGCCAUAUCAGGGUAUUCGUAGAAAUUUCACUAGAUUACUUACUUUACUUAUACAACUCUCGAGUAGGUACCAUUUUCGCAACGUUUAUUCGUUCCUAUAUUUUUUCAAAUAGGUAGAAAUGGUAUUCGCUAUUCCUUUCUUGGCGAUUCCAAUCGGAGGAAAACCAGAUCCUCAAACUCAAGGUGUGGCCAGACCUCACGUCGACGUCAAUAUUAAAUCUCUGCUUGCCAUGGGAGGAAUACUGAUAAUGUUGUUUUUCAUCGUUCCUAAAGUGGUUCAUCUUUAUUUUCCACCUACUAGGGAUCCGCCAGGAUCGGGUCAUCAUGCCAGAGAAAAUCUUCCCGGAGGAAUCGAUAUGAUACUGGAACGUAUCGAUGAUGUACUUCACAUGCAUAAUAUUGAUUUUCAAUCGUGUACCCAAAAAGCACUCUGUCAUACGCUCAGUAACGCUUCCAAGAAAGUCAAACAAGGUAAAGCCAAUGGAGUAGAGAAAUUACUCGAUGCUCUCAGCAGUUUUUAUCCAUUGAAAUUUCUUCUGGAAGAUACCUGGGUAUGGAAUUUCUUAGAAAAUUUCGGCCGUUCGAGGGAAACGGAAAAUGCAACUUGUCAGAAAUUCAGCCAGAAAUGUUCCAUAACGCAGAAUGGUUUAAAUAACGCAGCUGGAUCACUGUUGGCGGCGAUCAAAUUACGAAAAAAUGAAUGAAAAAACGUAAAGAGUGCACAAAGAAGUCUUUAUUUUUAAAUGACCAUCGAAAUAUUGUAUUUUUUCUUCACCUAAUUAAAUCACGAUUUCAUGAAUUAGAAUCAGAAAUCGUAAAGGAAAAUUAACGAGUGUGAUGCAGAAUGAAAAUUUUGACUUACUUACGUUUUAAAAUUUGCUCCUUUCUCCAUUAAUGAAUUUAAACCAAAGACAUGAAAUUUUUACAUAAUUUUAGCUAAUUUAUCAAAUUUUUCCAAGUUCUUGAAAGUUGAUGUCUAAAAAAAAAGUCUGUUUCAAUUUGAAUGAAAAUUUCAGAAAUUGGUGAUUUUUUUCAGAAUUUUCGAUAGUCUGGCUUAAUUUUAAAAAUUCACAGUUUUUUCCAAGUUUUUAAAAGUUGAAACUAAUUAAAUUUCUCCCCUCGAGGGUCAAGUUUGGCAUAAUACCAAGAAUUCAUUAAGUAUAAUAAAUUAUUUUUUCAAUUCAAUUUCAUAGAAAUGGGGCCUUUUUCUAUUAACAAUGAAGUGAAAUAUGAUAAAUUCGAAAAAAUCAAUUUUCAAAUUGAUGGUAAAUGUCUGCUGAGGUGAGAUCAUGUUAUUGAUCAGCCAUCAAGAGUGGUUGAAGAAACAUCCUAAAGCAUUAAAGCAGCUAAUAAGCAAAACAAAAAAUGCAAAAACUCUCUUGCAAUCAGCGAUGAAUAGCUGACGAAAAACUAUGCGUUCUCGGAUAAAAUGUCUUCUAGUGUUGGGAGGGGGGUGGGCAGUUGAAUUAGACGCCUGAAGUAUUGAAAUACGACGACUAAAAUCUUGAAUCAUAAUUCACUGAAAUUGAAAAAAAAAAAACAUUGCAGUAUUAUUUCAUAAAUUGCAGCAAAAAAAUAAAAUUGCUCUAAGUAAGACUUGAACGUGCCAUCAUCAACUUAAAAAUAAAAAUAAAAUUGAGAAUCAAAAAAAAAAAAAAGAGUCAAAAUAAAUAUCUGAAACAAUCAAAAUUCAAAUAAAUCAAAUUGUGAAAAUGAAAACCACAAAGCACUUACCGUUUCUGAAGUCGAAUUUCAAAACUGAGAGAAAAAAAACGAGAAAAUGAAUCAAGCUGCACCGGAAAUAUUUCAAAUACAACCGCAACGCACCAAUCUGUAUGAAAUUGCCUAACGCUCACAAAAAAGGAACCAGUCCUAGCAUUCCUCCCAAGAUGACCCUACGAGUAUUUUAUUAGGUACUUAAUGCUGCAGCCCCAUUUGUUAACCAAUUAAAGGAGAAUUAGAAAAAUUAAGAGACAGAUUUCACACUUCACUUCACAUUACAUAGAAGUACGUAUGACUUCAGGCAAAAUAAUCAAAGAACCAAAGAUCAUUAAUUAAUUGACAAAUAGGUAUACGAAAGAAACAAAUUUAAAUUUUUAGGGUUUUUGCUGCUAGCAACUGAAACCCUACUAUUGCAAUUGAUUUUAAUCAUAAGUUUUAUUCAAUUAGUAACCAAUCAGUGAACGGUAUUUUACAGAGACCGAUCUAUGAUUAGUAUGUAUUUAUCAUUGCUCGAUGAGAGAUUUUAGAAUUUGGAAUUAGAUUAAUGCAUCAUAUAGGUACUGUUACGAAUAUAUUUUACAUAAAUACCGUUAAUGAUU